AUGGAGCAUUAUGACAGGCAACAAAACUGGACUAACUGGACUGACGGUAGCCCUGGCAACAUCCGAGCUGAGAGAGUGGCGCAAAUUGUGGGUUGGGUGACGUUUGCUGUCGGACUUCCUGCCAUCUGCUUGGCUAUCUACAUGCUGAGCCAGCUGGUGAAGGGCGGCAAUGGCACCCCAGUCCAGGCCAUUAACCUGCUCAUCUCGGACAUCUUCAACCUCUUCACAAGACCACAGACCAUCAGUGGGAGCACGACGGCCGAGCUGGACACAGACAUCCCCUCCCUCAUCUUCUACUUCGGGGUGGCCAGCAACAUCGUGUUCAUGGUUGGUGUGGCGCAAGAGCGCCACCUGUUGGUGGCCAGCCAGCGGUGCCACGGCUGCUGCCGAAAGGCCAAGCAUUCGUCUCUGAUCUCGCUGGCCACUUGGGCAGCGCCAAUCGGGAUCGUCCUCCUGCUCUACUUCGGCUUCCUGCUGGCGUUCUCCAUCUGUCUGCUGGUGCCCUUCCCACUCCUCGUCUUCUUCCUCCUGGACUCCUGCCGGGCCACGCUGUGCUGCCCCACCUCGGUCCGACUGUCACAGAGGCGGCGAGUCCUCGCCAUGCUGGUCACCAUCCUCCUCAACUACAGCCUCCUCUUCUUUCCAUUCGCUCUGGCCACCCUGCUGGCCAACCUGGAGGUCCAAAUCAGUGGGUAUGAAUACUUUGGCUUGGCGGCCAACUUGAUGUUGUAUCUGAGUCCUGUUAUCAACCCCUUUCUGACAAUGCUGCUGACGAAGAGCCUGAGAGAGCUUUUGGAUACCCUUCCCUGCUGCAGGCGCAAACAGACACAGACUGUUGACACCUCUGUUGUGCUUGAGAACCCAAACGUUGCCCUCCCCUUGUCAGACACACAAAACUCUUUCUCAGUGGUCUCUGGAAAGGGCAGUGGGUUCCCUCCUCAAGGCAUGGGCAUGGAGUCUCCUAACGGUAUCUCAACCGUUUUUGAGAACUUCAAUGCCACCCUUGGUAUGUCUGGAACAUCAGCUCAGAUCCCCACUGUCUCUGGAGGCUUAUCUGCCCUCCCAAACAUGGGUAUGACUUGCGGUCAGGCUCCUACACCUUUCGGAAACCUAACCACAAUACCUGGACUCCCUAACAUGGGGGGUAUGAUUGGCAGUGUGGGUCCAACACCAUUAAGCCAAUCCAAGGACCCCGCAAUGCCUGGACUCCCAAACAUGAGUAUGAUUUGCAGCGAGGGUCCUACAUCUUUAGGGAACCUAACCCAAGACGCUACAAUGCCUGGAGCCCCAUAUACGGGUCUGGCCUCAAGUCAGGUUCCUACACAUUUACAGAACCUAACCACGAUGUCUGGACUCCAAAAUGUGGGUCAGACCUUCAGUCAGAUUCCUACACCUGUAGGGAACCAAACCAAGGACACAACAGUGAUUGUACUCCCAAUCUGGGGUCUGACUUACAGUCAGGUUCCUACACAUUUAGGGAACCUACCUGACAACACCACAAUGAUUGGACUUCCAAUAGUGGGUCUUAUCUGCAGCCAGAAUCCUACACAUUUAGGGAACAUAAAUAGGGACCUCACAACGCCAGACGUGCCUGAUACACACCCAUCAGAGUCUGACGUUACCACAAAGCUUUGACAGAUGGCAAAGGUGGACUCCUGUUAUAUCGGUCAUCCACCACUAGGUGUCAUCUUGGUACUUGGAUGAGUCUGCACACAGCUGCCUAAACAAGAUUCAUGUUGCUCUUUAUGAAUGUAUUUCACUUAACAUGUUUAUGAUGGUGUAUUGACCAAAUUCAUUAGAGGCAUCAAAUACUUCAGAUGGCAAAGGAGAUUUUGACAAACCAUGCCCUGGACUACUAAAGAAAAUAUGCUCAAAAUGGACAUUAAUGGACUACUUGUCUGGAUUAAAGUAAAAAUAAAACUGAAAUUAAAAUGGCAAUGACGCUGGACAAAAACUACAUGUAGCAUGCAUGAGUAAGGCAUGUUUCAAAGGCAUUCAUGAACUGCUCCGUCUCUACUGUGUCCUCUUGUUGUGGACACACACACUCACACACACUCACUUAUGAAGCCAUGGAAAACUACACACUUGGCUA